UACUUAAAGCUCUCUGAAUCUUCACCAAGUCAUUCAAACGUGUACAAUGAAUACCAUUAUUACAUCGACAGCUCGGUGUCUUCGAUUGGGGUCGUGGCAUUACCGAGCAGCGCAGAAUAAUGGAGAGUUGCUGUCCGGUUGGGCCCGACUCAUGUGCUCUGAAGCGGCCCAGAAGAACCUGGCGGAGAUGGUGAAGAAGGACAAAGUGGUGGUGUUCAUGAAAGGCACCCCUGCACAGCCCAUGUGCGGCUUCAGCAACGCCGUGGUGCAGAUCCUCAGGAUGCACGGAGUCGAUAAUUAUGCUGCUUAUAACGUGCUUGAUGAUCAGGAUAUUAGACAAGGAAUAAAGACUUUCUCCAACUGGCCGACAAUUCCACAAGUGUUCUUCAAUGGCGAGUUUGUUGGGGGCUGUGACAUUUUUCUUCAGAUGCAUCAGAGUGGCGACCUGGUAGAGGAACUUCAGAAGUUGGGCAUCAGAUCAGCUCUGCUGGAUCAAGAAAAAGAGUCCAAGUAGGAGUGUAGUUGGAAAGACGGGUCUUCAAGAUGGGUCUUUGGGGAAAUUCUCCAUUGACAUAAACCUCAAAAAGGUUGACUUGUGAGGGUGAUGACCUGCGGAAUAAACUGCCCUCAGAUAACUGAAGGAAGUGUUGGCAAACCACCCGAAUCCUGAGAAAUCACUGUAAAACACUUGACAUAGAAUCACACCACAUUUCUUCUGCAGCAUAUGUUUGUCUUGAUUUAAGAUAUGCUAAUGUUAGACGACUGCUUAUUUAAAAUGUUGUAUUUUUAAAUAUAUUAUGAAAUGUAUUGUAGAUGUCGAAAUGUUUUUUUUUUUUUUCUUUUUUUUUCUGCAAUAAAAUAUUUUAAAGCACCUGUAGUUUGAAACUAAAGCUAUUGGGUGUGUCUCACAAGAUUAUGAA